AUGCCUGACUACAUCCAUUGGGACGCUCCUGGUGUGGAGGUCGAGCAGCCUGGCGAACAGGAAAGGAUCAAGCAGAUCGCAGAGCAGUUCUGCAGAUUCCAGAUGAUGAACUUCGACGAACACCACCAUGCCCUACGAGGCACUCACCUGAAGACUCAUGGGUGCGUUGCUGGCAAAUUCAUUGUGCACGACAAUCUUCCAGCACACCUCGCGCAGGGAAUGUUUGCAAAGCCUGGCACAUACGACGUCAUCAUGCGGUAUUCUUCCCUCACACCCAAACUUGUGCCUGACAACGUGCCUGCACCACGUGGGACUGGCAUAAAGAUCUUUGGCAUAGAGGGCGACAAAAUCUGGGGUGAAGACAAGAAAACCCAGGACUGGACCUUUAACAACUAUCCCGUCCUCGAACUUCGCGACGCACAAACCACGUAUGAAAUCGCAGACUCACUUGAAAGGAACUGGGACAACAUGCCAGAGUUUGAGCAUGAGCUUAAAAAGCGUCCAGAUGCCGAAGUUGCAUGUCGGCCAGCCACAAUUCCUCCACAACACAUGGUGGCAAUGCCGGAAUAUUCGCAAUCAGCGUAUCGAUUCGGUGAUUAUGUGGCCAAAUUCGGCUUGUUCCCCUUGGGCGAAGAGCAAAAGAAGCUGGCAAACACCUACAUCAAUGAUAGUGACCCCAAGAACAUCAUCUCGCAAGAGCUUCGCAAGUUCCACAUGAAGAACAAGGUGACGUACUCUUUCUGUGCCCAACUUCUUCAGAACCUCGAUGAGCAGCCGGUCGAGGACAUCGGCGUAGAGUGGGACGAGAAGAAGUAUCCGUUCGAGCAGAUCGCCACCCUCGAGUUCGAACCGCAGGAUAGCUGGAUCCCCGAGUUUCGAGUGUGGUGGGAUGACAGAAUCACCGUCAACAGCUGGCAUGGUCUCAAGGUCCAUCAGCCACUGGGCAGCACCAACCGUGUGAGGAGAGUCGUGUAUGCCGAGUCUCGGAAGCUGCGCCUGAAGGUGAACGGCCACAAGGACUAUAUCGAGCCUGCAAGUUUGCAGGAAGUGCCAUAUCAGGUGGCCACGGAGGCGUAG